AUGAGAUACAGGAACUGCGGUGGUAUCUGCGCCAUUGUCGUCAGUCUGCAUCUCGCGUGCUGUGCCCUCAGCGCCGCCACUCAAGAUCCGCUCAAGAUCCGGCUCACGCGCAGCAACUAUAUGUCGUCGUCUACGAGACUGGCGAAGGCCAUGACAAUCACUAAUGUCCAUUGUGGCACCCUGGUCUCCUCGAACGACAGCCUGGGCCAAGUGGCCGAGACGCUUUACCAGGGCAGCUUUGGCCCGCGCCCACUUUGCACAUCACCCGUGCCGCCAUGCAACCCCCCGCGUUUCCGUCAGAUUCGCGUUUCGGCUACUACCAACUGCAUCCCCGUGGACCUGGUCUUUUGUGCGGUAGAAAGGAGGUGGCAAUGCGUGCCUGGUCCGGUUUUGUUCUGGCUCGAACUACGGCCGACAUCCCGGCUUAUUGAGCCCGCCACGGCACGGCAACUGAGUGGUCUUGCGGAACAAACGGCUGUCGAUUGCAAUAGAGGUUCCGGCCCUACUAGCUACAGCCCAUAA